AUGGAUAACGAUAUUGACGAUGAUUCUGUACCAGCAUUAGUUGAUGAAACAACUACAGUAUCUAUUAAAGUACCUGUUACUAUUCUUACUGGUUAUUUAGGUGCUGGUAAAACAACAUUACUAAACUAUAUUCUAACUGAAAAUCAUCAAAAACGUAUUGCUGUUAUUCUAAAUGAAUUUGCUCAAGGCAGUGCUAUGGAACAUUUGCUAUUAACAGCAACGAAAGAUGAUAGUAAUGGUAAUGGGCGGGAACAGUACCAAGAUUGGCUUGAACUACGCAACGGUUGUUUAUGCUGUUCUGUCAAGGAUGUAGGUGUACAAGCUAUUGAGCAGUUGCUUGAAAAACGACGAAAUCAUUUCGAUUAUAUUCUAUUGGAAACAACUGGUGUUGCUGAUCCAUUACCAAUUGUGAAAAUGUUUUGGCUUGAUGAGGAAUUACAUAGUGAUUUAAUUCUUGAUGGUUUAAUAACUGUAAUCGAUGCUCACAAUGGAUUAAAAAAUUAUGAAGAUGAUCGUCAUCAAGCAAAAGCAUUAUGGUUAAGACAAGCAGCAAUGGCUGACGUCAUAUUAGUCAAUAAAAUCGAUCUAAUCUCGGAAGAAGAAAAAAUCAAAAUACUUUCAAUUGUUCGUUCUAUUAAUGUAACGGCUCAAAUCUAUGAAACUACACGUGCACGUAUUGACCUAAAUCUUAUACUCGAUCGACGUGCAUAUAGUAACAAUUCAUCGACUGAUUAUCUCUUGAAAAAAAUUGACAAUCAAUCAACAAUAUCAGUUCCACAUGGAUAUCAAACACUUAAUUCCAUUACAAUUGAAUUAGAUGGUGAAUUUGAUUUUGAUGAACUUGAUCAACUUAUUAUACAAAUUUUAUGGAACGAACAAAAUACAACUCAAGAAAUCGUUCGAAUGAAAGGUGUUCUUUGUCUACGUAAUGAAACAACUUAUAGAAUUCUUCAAGCUGUUGGUCAAAUGUAUGAAUUCAUAUGCACAAAUGAAAAUCAUUAUGAUAAUUUACGGAAUUGUUUUGUUGUUAUUGGAUCGAAUCUUAAUCAGGAUAUUUUAAUAGAGCAAUUUCGAAAAUGUAUCAAAUAA